AUGUGAGGCUGUGCAUUAUCUUGAAGUCAAGCCUCUUAACUUCUUCUUCCCAUUGCUUCGAAUCUCAUAAUACCCUCUGAGGAGGAGAAGGAACUGAUUCCUUCACAAGAAAUGACUUCUUCCAAUCUCCUUCUCCUCCUCCUCCUCCCUAACUCUUCCGUCUCUCAAAAUCCAUGGUCAUGGAGGACCCCAACAUGCUUGCUGCGGACUGUAUUGUCAUCUCCUGUUGCUGCCAAUGCCUGGUCCUGCAGAUCAUUAUCAUCUUGCUCAAGCUUCCUUCCAAGCUGGCCCGGAAGACGAGCCGGUAUGCUAAGAAGAAACUUUGCAGGAGGAGAAGAAAGGUGACCAUAGAAAAAAAGAUGGAUGAAUAUGGAGACGAGUAUCAAGAAGAAGAGGGAUUUGAUGUAAAUGAAUGGCAGGGUUGUGGUGGGUGCUGUUGUAUGGAGGAAGUUGAGAAGGUGUUGGAGGAGUUGUCUCAGAAGGGUCGGUUUGCAUUUGGAAGCUUUUGGUGUGGAGAAGAAUUGGAGAGUUCACCACAAAGUGCUAUUAAUUACCAUUUGAUUGAAAUGGUUCAGCUCUGUUAGUCCUAAUGAUAUUGGAUUACAAAAGUUUUUCCCUUAAUCUAAUGUUAUCUGUUGUUUAUGGUA